UCAUAAUGUAUUUAAAAUCAGAGUGAUUACUAUUAUUUACUUGAGAAAAUUAUCUCCGGUCUUCUAGUCGUUUAAAACCGCUUUACUGCAUUAGUAAUUUUUUCACGUGAUCACUUUUAUAUAAAAAUAUGUUCGAUGUACAUCAGUUGUCAAUUGUGCAGGAUAAUGACUUUGAUAUUUUUAAUACGUAAUCAAACAUAGGUACUUGUUAAAAAAAAAAUGAAUUAAUGUUAUCUCAAGUUAGGUUAGGUGAGCCAGAUAUAUCAAAAUAAACAAGUACAGCUUGAAAAAAAUCAGAAAGUAAUUAUUUGUGACAAACUUGAUGACACCACUGGCCUCUUAAAACACCAAGAUGUCUACGGAAGGCAACGAGGCAAGACCAAACGCGGAACCCCGUCACCACCGAGCGAACCGUUCGCAAAACCAAAUAAUCCACCUAAUGCAAGGAGUCAAAAACACCCUUGAAGACAUCAACAACGAUUUUCUAUGCUCCAUAUGCUUCGAAAUCAUAGAAGAAGCCCACAUAACCCGCUGCGGGCACACGUUCUGCUACAGGUGCAUCUGCAAGUCCAUCGAGACGUUGAAAAAAUGCCCAAAGUGCAACACAAACCUGACGCGCCAGGAAAUUCUACCGAAUUUCCUGGUAAACGAACUGAUCGCCAAAAGCACGCCCCACCCCAGAAGCAACGACAAUUACCGGGCCAUAACCGGCAAAAAAAAUGCCGACUCUUCCGCCGACAUAACCAACACCUUCCGAACCUUCGUGUCGUCCGACAGCACGAACCUCAGCCUACAAGACGUCAACGUGAUGCUCGAGAUGCUGACUUAUCGGAAAAAAUUGCUCGAAGCGCAGGAGCACACUGCCAACAACAAGCUGCUGUACGAGUUCUUGCGCCACCUCCUGAAACAAAAAGAAGAACAAAAGAAGCACCUUGAGAAGGAAAUAGACCUCAUAAGGCAGGACCUUAGCAUCGUGGAGUCCACUUUGAAGACUCUUCAGUCCGACUCGUCGUUCUUUGCCGAUUGCAGCGGGAACUCGAUCGACGCCGGGGAGCCAUCGGCAGUGACGCCGGACAACGACAGCCUGAUAGGCGAACGCAAGAAACGGAUGUACGUGCACUUUGACGACUUUGCCAAGUGUUACUUCGACGCCCGUGCGAAGGAGCUGCACUUUGGCAACCCCGAGCUUGAGUCGUCGACCAAAUCGUCGUCGGCCAACCUGGACGUCUUCCGCGUCGAUCUGAUCAAAUUCUCGCGCUACAACUCCCUCCGGCCACUGGCGACCCUCAACUACUCGGCCAACAUACUCAACGACUCGAACAUCGUCUCCAGCAUUGAGUUUGACAAGGACAACGAGUUCUUUGCCAUAGCCGGUGUCACCAAGAAGAUUCAGGUCUUUGAUUACAACACCGUCAUUCACGACUCGGUGAACGUCCACUUCCCAAGUGCCGAGAUGUCCCUUAACUCGAAGAUCUCGUGCUUGUCGUGGAACACCUUCCACAAGGCCAUUCUCGCGUCCUCGGAUUACGAGGGUACAGUGACCAUCUGGAAUGCAAUGACGGGCCAGAAGAGCCGAGUCUUCCUCGAGCACGAAAAACGUUGCUGGUCCAUCGACUUCAAUGAGGUUGACAUAAGGCUGUUGGCCUCCGGUUCAGAUGACGCCAAGGUCAAGCUCUGGUCCCUGACCUCCGAAGUGUCCAUCUCGUCCCUGGAGGCGCACGCCAACGUCUGUUGCGUCAAGUUCAAUCCCCAGAGUUCGUGCCACUUGGCCUUUGGCUCGGCCGACCAUUGCGUCUAUUACUACGACCUGCGCAACACGAGUGAGCCCUUGAGGAUCUUCAAGGGUCACAAAAAGAGCGUGUCUUACCUUAAAUUCCUGAACGACCACGAGAUCGUGUCAGCGAGCACGGACUCGCAGCUCAAGAUGUGGAACGUCAACGAUCCCUACUGUCUGCGCUCCUUCGACGAUCACGUCAACGAGAAGAAUUUCGUCGGUCUGGCCACGGACGGUGAUUACAUAGCCUGCGGCUCGGAGAACAAUUCGGUCUACGUGUACUACAAGGGCCUGUCGAAGCAGCUGAUGUUCUACAAGUUCGAGGCGCCGAGGAGUAUUUUGGGUACCGAGGACAGGGUCGACGAGGACCUGAACGAGUUCAUAUCCGCGGUCUGCUGGAGGAAGAACUCCAACGUCGUCGUUGCCGCCAAUUCACAGGGAGUCAUCAAGAUACUCGAGCUCACUUGA